AUGUUCAUUGUUUUGUUAAUUUUCUGUUUAAUUCAAGGUAUGCGCUUAGUUUUAAGAUAACUGUGCUAAUUGAUCUGAUUUUCAGAAAUAUCAUCACUAUCUAUUGAAAAUGUGUAUACAAGAUAUAUAAAUCGAGAAAAAAUAGAUCAAGCAGACACGUUUGGAUUUCAAAUUCCUCGUCCAAUUGCUUACAAAGGAGAUGAGCCUGUGAGUUUUUUUUGCAAAAACUUUUUUGAAAAAUAGAAUAUUGUUUUUUUCAGAUCUACCCUAGAAGUUACGGUUAUUCCGCUGAAAUGUUUUUCGAUGAAAAUGGUGCUGGAUUCCCAUUAAGAAAACGUCCACAUCUCAGUCAAAUAUUUGGAUCUUUGGCAAAACCCAGAUAUCAAGAAGAUCGAGAUGAUGAAGAACGUGAACGUGAUUAUAUUAGAGAAUUUAUGAGAAGAGUUUCCAAACGACGAAAUCGCAAUCGAUUGUGA